ACUCAGCGCGGCAAAUGAAACGAGUCAUAAGCCCGCAAAGCUCUCCGAGAUCUCCAACUCGGAACCCUCCGUCCAUGGCCGCGCGCGACGCCGGGAGGCGGCGCCCCUCCUCCUUCCCGUGCCUCGCCGCCGUUCUCGUUCUCAUAUCUCUGCUCCUCCUCUUCGCCGCUUUCCGAUCAUCCCUUGCUCCUCAGGACCGCACCGCCGUCCUUCUCCUACCGCCGGGAAGCUCUUGCAACUACUCUGAUGGUUCUUGGAUCCGAGACCCAGAUCUGAUGACCCCGAGGUAUGAUCACACCUGCAAAGAGAUUUUCAAGGGCUGGAACUGCAUCGCCAACCGGAAAUCCAAAGCCUUGGACACUCUCCGCUGGCGCUGGCAACCCUCGCAUUGCGACCUCCCUCCUUUCGAUCCCCUCCGAUUCCUCCGCCUCUACCGUAACAAGAACAUUGGGUUUGUUGGGGAUUCGUUGAAUAGGAAUAUGUUUGUAUCUCUGGUGUGCAUGCUUAGGAGAGUGUCUGGUGAUGUGAAGAAGUGGCGCCCGGCGGGGGCUGACCGGGGGUAUACGUUCCUCAGCUACAAUCUUACUGUGGCUUAUCACCGAACCAAUCUGUUGGUGCGCUAUGGUAGGUGGUCAGCCGAUGCUAAUGGAGGUGUGCUAGAAUCUCUUGGAUACAAACAAGGUUAUAGAGUGGAUGUUGAUGUUCCUGAACCGACAUGGGCUGACGCGCCAAAGUUCCAUGACAUUCUUAUUUUCAAUACAGGGCACUGGUGGGGUGCUCCAGCAAAAUUUGAUCCAACCCAAUCACCGAUGCUAUUUUUCUAUGAGGGCAUUCCUGUGUCACCUCCCAUACUUCCUGAAGAGGGCCUCGAUUUGGCUUUAAAACACAUGAUGCUAUAUGUGGAUAAAACAUCAAGAAGCAAUGCCAUAAAAAUCUUUAGGACGCAAUCACCUAGGCACUUUGAAGGAGGUGAUUGGAAUGAGGGCGGUUCGUGUAGGCGCACCAAACCUUUAUCACCUGAGCAGGUUGAAGAGCUAUUCUCUGUGGAGAAAAAUGGAACAAACAUAGAGGACCGCUUGGUGAAUCGGCAUUUGUACAAGGCCGUCGAAGGAUCGAGUUUCCGGGUUCUGGACAUUACUCACAUGAGUGAGUUCAGAGCUGAUGCCCAUCCUUCAGUUGCAGGUGGGAAGAAGCAUGAAGAUUGCAUGCAUUGGUGUUUGCCAGGUCUCACUGAUUCAUGGAAUGAUUUGCUUGUUGCUUACCUUGACAACUGGAAAAACUAAAACUUGUUCUUCUUUCAUUCUUUAUAUGUAAAAAUUAUCUUGUAAAUCAUUUCUGAAAGGAAUUUUCACACAUCACC